CGCGGGGGCCCGAUUUAAAGCGGUCACGAAAGCAGGAGACUCGGCACCUCGAAGAACCUCUCGGAGGUGUGUUAGGCGCUUGCGCGAAAGACGUCGGCGAGCAGUCUGGGUGUCAUCCGAUCAGCAGUGGGUGAUCGUCGGUGCCUUACGACGGUUCAGCGUGCCGACGUUGACAUCAUCGUCAACGUCCUUGACAAGACAAAGAGGCCAGGGAACCGUGUGUAGCGACGGGAGCAUGCCGUCCACGCGGAACUGUGAAUGACCACCGCGUCCACUUCGAGCAUCGAUAAGGGUGCCUCGGACACGAAGUGACACGCGAGAUACACACGCACACCCGCAUACGCACGCACGAGAGCGCAGGGGUGACGCAGACGGAGGAGGCGCGUCGAAGGGAUGGCCGACAGCGAGGGUGGCUCCGAACAGGACGACGUAUCAUUCCUCCGCACGGAGGAUAUGGUAUGCCUGUCCUGUACUGCAACAGGAGAGAGGGUCUGCCUAGCAGCCGAGGGUUUCGGCAAUCGACAUUGUUUUCUCGAAAAUAUCGCAGAUAAGAACAUACCGCCGGAUUUGUCGCAAUGCGUGUUCGUGAUAGAGCAGGCCCUCUCGGUGAGGGCCCUGCAGGAAUUAGUUACCGCUGCCGGCUCCGAGACGCAACAAGACAGUUUAGGAAAGGGCACUGGGUCAGGGCACAGGACCUUGUUAUAUGGUAACGCCAUAUUAUUGCGACAUCUAAACAGCGACAUGUACCUGGCGUGUUUAUCCACGAGUUCGUCGAACGAUAAGCUAGCCUUCGACGUCGGUCUACAGGAACAUUCUCAUGGUGAGGCAUGUUGGUGGACUGUACACCCCGCCUCCAAGCAGAGAUCCGAGGGUGAGAAGGUACGUGUGGGUGACGAUCUUAUUCUGGUAUCUGUUGCGACCGAACGAUAUUUGCACACGACGAAAGAAAAUGACCUGUCAGUGGUGAACGCAUCUUUUCACGUGACGCAUUGGUCGGUGCAGCCAUAUGGAACCGGUAUUAGUAGAAUGAAGUACGUCGGUUAUGUCUUCGGCGGUGAUGUGUUGAGAUUCUUCCACGGAGGCGACGAGUGUUUGACGAUACCGUCGACAUGGAGUCCAGCACCCAGUCAAAACCUCGUAAUCUACGAGGGCGGUAGCGUGAUGAGCCAAGCGAGAUCGUUAUGGAGAUUAGAGCUCGCCAGAACAAAAUGGGCGGGCGGCUUCAUCAACUGGUUACAUCCCAUGCGGAUCAGACACUUGACAACUGGACGUUAUCUUGGUGUGAAGGAGAACAACGAGCUCUAUCUCGUCGAUAGGAAUGAGGCGACAAUUGAAACCUCGACGUUCUGGCUGCGGCAAGAGAAGGAUGAUCAAAAGAUUAUUCUUGAGGACAAAGAUCUGGAGAUUAUCGGAAUGCCAAUUAUAAAGUAUGGUGAUUCUACCGUGAUUAUGCAACAUGCUACCACGUGCCUCUGGGUGUCCUAUAAAUCAUACGAAACAAAAAAGAAGGGCGUCGGAAAAGUUGAAGAGAAACAGGCAGUACUUCAUGAAGAGGGUAAGAUGGACGAUGGUUUGGAUUUUUCCAGAUCACAGGAAGAAGAAUCUCGCACUGCUCGUGUCAUUAGAAAGUGCAGUAGCUUAUUUACUCAAUUCAUCACAGGCCUAGAAACGCUGCAAGUGAAUAGAAGAGCGUCCAUGUUUUUUCAAAACGUAAAUCUUAAUGAAAUGGUAAUGUGUCUUGAAGACUUGAUCAAUUACUUUGCUCAACCCGAGGACGACAUGGAACACGAAGAGAAACAGAAUAAGUUCCGAGCUCUCAGAAAUCGUCAGGAUUUGUUCCAAGAGGAGGGUAUAUUAAAUCUGAUCCUCGAAGCUAUUGACAAGAUUAACGUAAUUACUUCGCAAGGAUUUCUCGUCGCUCUUUCCGGCGAUGAGAGCGGUCAGGCUUGGGAUCAGAUAUCCGGGUAUCUUUAUCAACUACUGGCAGCCAUUAUCAAAGGAAAUCACACCAACUGCGCUCAGUUCGCCAAUAGUAAUCGUUUGAAUUGGCUGUUUAGCCGAUUGGGUUCGCAGGCUUCCAGUGAGGGAACUGGAAUGUUGGAUGUACUUCAUUGUGUUCUGAUUGAUUCGCCGGAGGCUUUAAAUAUGAUGAGGGAUGAGCAUAUAAAAGUAAUUAUUUCUUUGCUGGAGAAACACGGUAGAGAUCCGAAAGUUCUGGACGUCUUAUGUUCGCUAUGCGUCGGUAAUGGUGUCGCGGUACGCUCUUCACAAAAUAACAUUUGUGAUUUUCUGCUGCCUGGAAAAAAUUUGCUCCUCCAAACGCAACUAGUAGAUCAUGUGGCAAGCAUUAGACCGAAUAUAUUUGUCGGCAGAGUUGAGGGCUCGGCUCUUUAUCAAAAAUGGUAUUUCGAGGUGACAGUGGAUCACAUUGAACAGACGACUCACAUGAUGCCGCACUUGCGAAUCGGAUGGGCGAACACCGCCGGUUAUAUGCCGUAUCCCGGUGGUGGUGAAAAGUGGGGUGGAAACGGCGUAGGUGAUGAUUUGUAUUCGUUCGGAUUCGAUGGCGCUUAUCUAUGGACCGGCGGUAGAAAGACACAAGUAGUUCAAAGUGCCACCGAGCCUUACAUACGAAAAAGCGAUGUGAUCGGUUGCGCUUUGGAUCUAACGGUGCCGGUGAUAACGUUUACUUUCAAUGGCACUCACAUUAUGGGUUCUUUUCGGAACUUUAAUCUAGAUGGCAUGUUCUUCCCUGCUAUCAGUUGCUCGUCUAAACUCUCCUGUAGAUUUUUGUUGGGUGGUGAUCACGGUCGAUUAAAGUUCCAACCACCGGAAGAAUUUUCGCCGCUGGUGGAAAGCCUGCUACCGCAACAAAUUCUGUCACUGGACCCAUGUUUCUAUUUUGGUAACAUGAAUAAGGUGGUUCUGGCGGGUCCAUGGCUGGUCGAGGACGACACUGCCUUCGUUCCAGCUCCGGUCGAUACUUCCAUGGUCAACCUUCCUGCCUAUGUCGAGCAGAUUAGAGAUAAAUUGGCGGAAAACAUCCACGAGAUGUGGGCGAUGAAUAAAAUCGAAGCCGGUUGGAUCUUCGGCGAGGUCAGGGAUGAUCUCAGAAAGAUACACCCUUGUAUAGUACAAUUCGAGCGACUACCAGCCGCGGAAAAGCGCUAUGAUACUCAAUUGGCUGUGCAGACUCUGAAGACCAUUUUGGCACUGGGAUAUUACAUCACCAUGGAUAAGCCUCCAUCUAGAAUAAAAACUUUGAGGCUGCCAAAUGAACCAUUUUUGCAAAGUAGUGGAUAUAAACCAGCUCCUCUUGAUCUAUCUGCGAUCACGUUGACUCCCAAAAUGGAGGAACUCGUAGAUCAAUUAGCAGAGAACACGCAUAAUCUUUGGGCAAAGGAAAGAAUCAGUCAAGGAUGGACAUACGGAUUGAAUGAGGAUUCGGAAAUGAGAAGAAGUCCUCACUUGGUACCGUAUCCAAAAGUCGAUGAAGCUAUCAAAAAAGCCAAUCGAGAUACAGCCAGCGAAACCGUCAGGACUCUCUUGGUUUACGGAUACAUGCUCGAUCCACCCACUGGAGAACAGCAUGAAGCAUUGCUUUUGGAGGCAAGCAGAUUACGACAAUUAUCCUUCAGGACUUACAGGGUUGAGAAACAUUAUGCAGUCAGCAGCGGAAAAUGGUAUUUCGAGUUCGAAGUUCUCACAGCUGGACCUAUGCGAGUCGGUUGGGCGAAAGCCGAUUGUAUGCCAGGAAGUAUGCUAGGCAGUGAUGAAAAUACUUGGGCAUUUGAUGGUUAUAACGUGACUAAAGUGCACGCUGGCACCCACGAGUCAUUUGGUCACAAAUAUCAAGUGGGCGACAUAGUUGGAUGUUUCAUUGACGUGGCAGACCGAACGAUCAGUUUCUCCUUAAAUGGAGAACUGCUAAUGGAUGCACUUGGCGGUGAAACUUCUUUCGCCGAUGUGCAAGGCGACUCUUUCGUGCCUGCGUUUACCCUUGGCGUUGGACAAAAGGCAAGAUUAACAUUCGGCCAAGAUGUAAACACCCUGAAAUUUUUUACUACUUGUGGUUUGCAGGAGGGCUAUGAACCAUUCUGUGUGAACAUGAAUCGUUUAGUUACGUAUUGGUACACGAAAGAUCAACCCAUUUUUGAGAACACCGACGACAUGGCCGACACGCGAAUCGACGUGGCUAGGAUUCCAGCUGGUUCCGACACACCGCCAUGUAUGAAAAUCUCUCACAACACGUUCGAAACCAUGGAGAAGGCUAAUUGGGAAUUUCUACGAUUAUCAUUACCUGUAAUUUGCCAAUCUAGUUUCAUAACAGAGGGUGAGAAGUUGCGCAGAUGGCAGGACAUUAAAACGCGACAGAACAGACUUUUAGCCGAGCAAAUUGAGCAAGGGCAGCAGGCAGCACCGUCAGGUCAUUUAGAACAGAUUAUGAAAUCCGGCUUCAGUAUGAGCGAUAUCAAAGGACUGCAAAGAAAUUAUUCGGAAGAUGCAGCUGAAGCGGACGAGAUGAUGAAAGAAUCACCGCUUCCUAUGCAAAGAGGUAAGCCUGCCAGACCGCCCAGGAAAAGUUCAUUUUAUGGAUCACGUUUAGAUAACGCGAUCAGUGACGCUGAAAUGAAUGGAUAUGGCGAAAUGAAUGGUGACAUAAAGGACGAGAAGAAGAAACGCGGUCGCUCACCUUUUCGGUUCUUCUCGCGUAAAACGAAAUCACCGGAGACAAAGUCAAAAACGCCUGAGCCGCAAAUACGCGCAGAUAUCUCAGAUAAAAGUACAAAAACGCUCGGAAGCAAAAGUGCCAAAACUCCCCAAAUUCGUGUCUCAACUACGGAUUUAAAAGUCAUCCCACCACAAAUCCCAGAACGUAACGUUCCCAAGGCGAUGUCUGUUUUAACUGGAAGUGGCGUCGAAGCGAUCGGCAAUGAAAUCUUCGACGCUGAGUGCAUGAAGUUAAUGAAUGAGUAUUUCUAUGGCGUUAGGAUAUUCCCCGGUCAAGAUCCGACUCACGUUUACAUUGGCUGGGUUACUUCGCAAUAUCAUCUGCACACGAAGGACUUCAAUUUAUCCCGCGUGAGGAAAGCUUCCGUUGCGAUUAUAGAUGAUUACGAUCGUCUUGUAGAGCAAGUCGACAGACAAAGUUGUUAUAUGGUUCGAGCGGAUGAACUGUACAACGAAGUCACUCAAGAUGCAUCGGGCAAAGGCGCAUCUCAGGGUAUGUUUGUUGGAUGCUUUGUUGAUACUGCCACAGGCUGGGUAUCCUUCACUUGUGAAGGGAAAGAAACGAGUCACAAAUUCAAGAUGGAGCCAGACACGAAACUGUUCCCAGCGAUCUUCGUUGAAGCCACCAGCAAAGAGAUUCUACAGAUCGAACUCGGCAGGACCUCGACAACACUUCCACUAUCGGCAGCUGUACUGCAGAAUUCUGAACGACACGUGAUACCGCAAUUUCCGCCAAGAUUAAAAGUGCAAUGUCUCAAACCGCACCAAUGGGCCAGAGUGCCAAAUCAGUCUCUUCAAGUACACGCCUUGAAGCUGUCUGACAUCAGAGGCUGGUCAAUGCUAUGCGAGGACGCUAUCUCAAUGCUGGCUCUUCAUAUACCCGAGGAAGAUAGAUGUAUUGAUAUUUUGGAGCUUAUCGAGAUGGAUAAGUUGCUCAGUUUCCAUGCGCACACAUUGACACUAUAUGCAGCUCUGUGCUAUCAAUCGAAUUAUCGUGCGGCGCACGCUCUGUGCCAACACGUUGACCAGAAACAAUUGUUAUACGCGAUACGAGCCGAAUACAUGUCCGGGCCUCUGCGACAAGGAUUUUACGACUUACUUAUCGCCCUACAUCUCGAGUCACACGCGACGACGAUGGAAGUGUGCAAAAACGAAUACAUAAUACCGCUUGGCCAAGAAUUAAAGGAUUUGUACGAGAACUACGAGAUGAAACACAGUCUCAGGUACUUGGAGACUGAGUCUAUCCGACCACAAAUGAAAAUGACAGAGAUCAGGAAUGUUCCUUCCAGUGACCAAGCGAUCGAGAACAUAAAAAACCUAUAUAGCCCACAUUUUCCACUUGACGUUGUGCGGGAUUACGUGAUGAUGGCGCUCAACGAAGCCGUCGAAGUGAAUCAGGUGCACAACCGAGAUCCAAUCGGAGGCAGCAACGAGAAUCUUUUCCUACCUCUUCUGAAGCUGGUAGAUAGAUUGCUCUUAGUUGGCAUGCUAAGAAACGAGGAUAUAUUUAAGUUACUCAUCAUGAUAAAUCCUGAAACCUGGGACCCGUCUUUCGAUAAAGAAGGAAAAGACGAGCACAAGAAAGGCUUGCUGCAUAUGAAAAUGGCCGAAGGAGCGAAAUUACAAAUGUGCUAUCUACUUCAUCAUUUAAAUGACAUCCAAUUGCGCCAUCGCGUCGAGUCCAUUAUCGCCUUUGCUUACGAUUUCGUUGGAGAAUUGCAGGCAGAUCAAUUGCGACGUUAUAUCGAGAUCAAACAAUCAGAUUUACCAUCGGCUGUCGCUGCUAAAAAGACCAGAGAAUUCAGAUGUCCUCCACGCGAACAAAUGAAUGCUAUUCUAAGCUUCAAGAAUUUAGAUUUGGAGGAAGAUCCAGACAGUCCCUGCGGCGAGGAUCUCAUCGUCAAGAUGAACGAGUUCCACAGUGAAUUAAUGUCUUAUGUAUCCUUGACCGCUCUUCAAGAAGCAGCUAAUGCCGCAAACGAACCAGCCGAAGAAAUUCAGAAACCUGGGGCUAUGAAACGUCUCUUUAAUUUUAUCAAUGCUGUUAAAGAACUCGAGGAGGAAUCUAAACCUGAAGCCGAGCCUGAGAAAAAAACUCCGGAAGAGGUAUUUCGCAAGGUGUUAAUAUCAACCAUUGUGAAUUGGGCUGAAGAAUCGCAAAUCGAGACACCGAAACUUGUACGAGAGAUGUUCAGCUUAUUAGUCAGGCAAUACGAUACCGUCGGCGAGUUGAUCAGAGCCUUAGAGAAAACUUACAUUGUUAACAAUAAAACGAAGGACGAUGUCGCAUUAAUGUGGGUUGGUUUGAGUCAAAUUCGUGCCUUGCUACCAGUACAAAUGUCUCAGGAGGAAGAAGCGCUAGUUCGAGAGCGACUGUGGAAGCUGGUGAACAAUCAUACUUUUUUUCAACAUCCCGAUCUCAUUAGAGUGCUGAGAAUUCAUGAAAACGUUAUGGCCAUUAUGAUGAAUACCCUAGGAAGACGUGCUCAGGCACAGUCUGACGCUCAAACUCAGACUCAAGCGGCGGAAGGUGAGCCAGCAUCAAAGGAGAAGGACACCUCUCACGAGAUGGUCGUGGCUUGUUGCAGAUUCUUAUGCUAUUUCUGUCGUACAUCCAGACAGAAUCAGAAAGCCAUGUUUGACCACUUUGACUUUCUGUUGGAGAACAGCAAUAUUCUCCUGGCAAGACCGUCGUUACGAGGAUCAACGCCAUUAGACGUAGCAUAUUCGUCAUUGAUGGAAAACACCGAAUUAGCUUUGGCCCUAAGAGAACAUUAUCUAGAGAAAAUCGCUAUCUAUUUAUCGCGAUGUGGCCUGCAGUCCAAUUCGGAAUUAGUGGAGAAGGGCUAUCCUGAUUUAGGUUGGGAUCCUGUCGAGGGUGAACGCUAUCUCGAUUUCUUGAGAUUUUGCGUGUGGGUCAAUGGUGAAAGCGUGGAAGAAAAUGCAAACUUGGUAAUCCGUUUGUUAAUUAGAAGACCAGAAUGCUUAGGCCCAGCUCUUCGAGGCGAAGGUGAAGGUUUAUUGAGAGCCAUUAUAGAAGCUAACAAAAUGUCUGAGCGUAUUGCCGAUAGACGAAAAGUGCACGACGAGGCCGAGGGCACGACUAUGAUGAUGCAAUUCGAACAUCCACUACCGGAAUCAGAUGAGGAUGAAGACUACAUUGACACUGGUGCGGCGAUAUUAAAUUUCUAUUGCACUCUCGUCGAUUUGUUAGGCCGCUGUGCUCCAGAUUCUUCCGUUAUAGAACAAGGGAAGAACGAAUCUCUGAGAGCCCGAGCGAUCUUAAGAUCGUUAGUACCCUUGGACGAUCUUCAGGGUGUACUAUCUUUGCGGUUCACUCUGCUCAAUCCCGCCGCCGGCGAGGAACGACCGAAAAGCGAUACACCGUCUGGUUUAAUACCAGGGCACAAACAAAGUAUUGUGCUGUUUCUCGAACGUGUUUACGGUAUCGAAACGCAAGAGUUGUUCUACAAAUUGUUGGAGGAAGCUUUCUUGCCGGAUCUUCGCGCCGCCACCAUGCUCGACAGAAACGACGGCUACGAAUCCGAAAUGUCGCUCGCUAUGAAUCGUUACAUAGGAAACAGUAUUUUGCCGUUGUUAAUUAAGCAUUCCAAAUUUUACAACGAGGCAGAUAAUUACGCGAGUUUACUCGACGCCACAUUGCACACGGUAUACCGACUUAGUAAGAACCGGAUGUUGACGAAGGGUCAACGCGAAGCUGUCUCGGAUUUCCUUGUUGCAUUGACUAGCCAAAUGCAGCCGAGCAUGUUGUUGAAGUUGUUACGAAAGCUGACUGUCGAUGUGUCUAAAUUAUCAGAGUAUACUACAGUAGCUCUCAGAUUGUUAACGCUGCAUUACGAUCGCUGCGCGAAAUAUUAUGGUUCCACCGGCUCCACCGGUCAAGGAGCUUAUGGUGCGUCAAGCGAUGAAGAGAAACGUCUCACGAUGGUCCUCUUUAGCAAUAUAUUCGACUCCCUGUCUAAGAUGGAUUACGAUCCAGAAUUAUUCGGAAAAGCGCUGCCUUGCCUGACAGCCAUCGGUUGCGCUCUGCCGCCAGAUUAUUCUCUAUCGAAAAAUUACGAUGACGAAUGGUACGGCAGCAAAUCAGCCUCGACUCAAUCACCCGACGGUCCUUACAAUCCGCAGCCAAUCAACACUUCCAGCGUGGUGCUCAAUAACGAUCUUAAUCAAAUAGUACAAAAAUUCUCUGAACAUUAUCACGAUGCUUGGGCUAGUCGUAAGUUAGAGAACGGUUGGACUUAUGGAGAACAAUGGUCGGACGUGAAUAAAACUCAUCCGAGAUUAAAACCAUAUAAUAUGUUGAGUGAUUACGAACGAGAGCGAUACAAAGAACCCGUCAGAGAGAGUUUGAAAGCUCUCCUAGCAAUUGGCUGGAGUGUGGAGCAUGCAGAGGUCGAUGUACCGUCGACCAAUCGUAGUUCGAUGAGAAGAUCUUCUAAGAGUCAAGGGGACUCGGCUAAUCCGUUUAAUUACAAUCCUCAUCCAGUAGACAUGACUAAUCUGACGCUAAGCAGAGAAAUGCAGAACAUGGCUGAACGUUUAGCAGAUAAUGCUCAUGAUAUUUGGGCAAAGAAAAAGAAAGAAGAACUUACUACCUGCGGAGGUGGCAUUCAUCCUCAGUUGGUACCUUACGAUCUGUUAACUGACAAGGAGAAACGAAAAGAUCGUGAACGAUCGCAAGAGUUUCUCAAAUAUUUACAGUAUCAAGGGUACAAGCUUCACAAACCUAAUCGCGGCGGCACAGAGACCGAAGUGGCUGGUGCAAUUGCUGCGGUAGAAUUAAGAUUUGCUUAUUCAUUAUUAGAGAAAUUGAUAGCUUAUUUGGACAAGGCGACGAUCAAUAUGAAGCUCUUGAAACCCUCCGAUACGUUCAGUCGAAGAAACAGUUUUAAGACCUCGACAAGAGACAUCAAAUUCUUCAGUAAAGUGGUCCUACCACUAAUGGAAAAGUACUUUAGCACGCAUAGAAACUACUUUAUUGCUGUAGCUACUGCCACGAACAAUGUCGGUGCAGCGUCAUUGAAAGAGAAGGAGAUGGUAGCUGCUCUUUUCUGCAAGUUAGCAAGUUUGCUAAGAUCGAGACUCGCCGCUUUUGGCGCAGAUGUGAGAAUAACGGUUCGUUGCCUGCAAGUACUAGUAAAAGGUAUAGAUGCUAAGAGUCUCGUAAAGAACUGUCCUGAGUUUAUCCGAACGUCCAUGUUGACUUUCUUUAACAAUACCGCCGAUGAUCUGGGUCACACGAUUUUGAACCUCCAAGAAGGGAAGUAUAGUCAUCUCAGAGGCACUCAUUUGAAAACCUCCACGUCAUUAUCGUAUAUCAAUAGUGUGGUUCUACCGGUGCUCACUGCGAUGUUUGACCAUCUUGCCGCAUGCGAGUAUGGCAGUGACUUGUUACUUGACGAAAUUCAAGUAGCAUCAUACAAAAUGUUAGCGUCUUUGUACACUCUUGGAAUAGACGCUAGUUUAACGCACGACAGAAAAUACCUCAAGACUGAGAUCGAGCGACAUAAACCUAAUCUAGGCUCCUGCUUGGGUGCCUUUUCAAGUUGCUUCCCAGUGGCCUUCUUAGAGCCUCAUUUGAACAAGCACAAUCAGUAUUCCCUUCUAAAUCGAAUCGCAGAUCAUUCUCUAGAAGCUCAAGAUAUUAUGACAAAGAUGGAAUCGAGUAUGCCAACGUUGGAGACCAUCCUUAAUGAGGUCGAUCAGUUCGUCGAAUCCGAGAAGACCUACAAUGAUGCUCCUCACGUCGUUGAUGUAAUUCUACCUUUGCUCUGCUCUUAUUUACCAUUCUGGUGGGCGCAAGGGCCUGACAAUGUGAGUCCGACUGAAAGUACCUACGUCAGCAUGGUAACGAGCGAUCACAUGAAUCAGUUGCUGAAAAACGUGUUGAAGUUGAUCAAGAAGAACAUCGGUAAUGAAAACGCACCGUGGAUGACGCGCAUUGCGGCCUAUACGCAGCAAAUCAUUAUCAAUUCGUCUGAGGAGUUAUUAAAGGAUCCAUUUUUACCUCUCGCCGAACGCGUCAGAAAACGAACAGACACUAUGUUCCACAAGGAGGAAUCUCUUCGGGGUUUUAUUAAAUCUUCGACUGACGAUACCUCGCAAGUUGAGGCGCAGAUUCAAGAAGAUUGGCAAUUACUUGUGCGUGAUAUCUACUCAUUCUAUCCCCUAUUAAUAAAGUACGUCGAUCUUCAAAGGAAUCAAUGGCUGAGGAACAAUAUUUCCGAAGCCGAAGAUUUAUACAAUCACGUAGCAGCUAUAUUUAAUAUCUGGUCCAAGUCACAGUACUUCUUACGCGAAGAACAGAAUUUUAUAUCAGCGAAUGAAAUUGAUAACAUGGUGCUCAUCAUGCCCACUGCAACAAGAAGACCUGCUACAGUGUCUGAUGGCACCGCACCUUCCGGAGGAGGCAAAAAAAAGAAAAAGCAUCGCGACAAGAAGAGAGACAAGGACAAAGAAGUACAAGCAUCCUUGAUGGUUGCUUGCUUGAAAAGAUUGCUACCUGUCGGCUUAAAUCUCUUUGCUGGUCGCGAACAAGAAUUAGUGCAGCAUUGCAAAGAUAGAUUUCUGAAAAAGAUGCCGGAAUCUGAUAUCUCGGAAUUUGCCAAGACUCAAUUGACACUGCCAGAUAAGAUCGAUCCUGCUGACGAAAUGUCUUGGCAACAUUAUCUAUACUCUCAAUUAGGUCAGAAGAAAGAUGCAAUGGAGCCUGUAAAAGCUCAGCAGCUGGAAGAUGUCGUUGCUAGAAUUACCGACAUGGCCAAAGUUUUGUAUGGUUUACAUAUGAUAGAUCAUCCACAACAGCAGAGCAAGAGUCAAUAUCGUUCAGUGGUGUCGAUCCAGCGUAAACGAGCGGUAAUCGCUUGCUUCCGCCAAACUUCCCUACAUUCCUUGCCAAGACAUCGAGCGAUAAAUAUUUUUGCACGAACGUAUUACGAGCUGUGGUUACAAGAUGAAAAUGUGGGUCAAGAAGUUAUGAUCGAGGAUCUUACGCAAUCGUUCGAGGAUGCUGAAUUGAAGAAAAUGGAUAAGGCUGAGGACGAAGGCAAGCCCGAUCCGUUGACACAAUUGGUGACAACAUUCUGUCGUGGUGCUAUGACUGAACGAUCAGGCGCUCUUCAAGAAGAUCCGCUUUACAUGAGUUAUGCUCAAAUUAUCUCAAAAUCAUGCGGAGAGGAAGAGGAAGAGGGUGAAGAAGAAGGUGGAGGUGAAGAAGAAGGAGGAGCUUCGAUCCAUGAGCAAGAAAUGGAGAAACAAAAACUCUUGUUCCAUCAAGCUCGAUUAGCAAAUCGCGGCGUCGCCGAAAUGGUCCUUUUGCAUAUAUCAGCGUGUAAGGGCAUUCCCAGCGAGAUGGUGAUGAAGACUUUAGAGCUUGGAAUUUCGAUCCUGCGUGGCGGUAAUAUCGAAAUUCAGCGAGGAAUGCUGAAUCAUCUGAAGGAGAAAAAGGACGUCGGUUUCUUCACGUCCAUUGCAGGUUUAAUGAACUCUUGCAGCGUGCUGGAUCUGGACGCUUUCGAAAGGAAUACGAAAGCUGAGGGUCUCGGUGUUGGUUCCGAGGGUGCAGCUGGUGAGAAGAAUAUGCACGACGCCGAAUUCACUUGCGCCUUAUUCCGCUUUAUCCAACUCACCUGCGAGGGUCACAAUCUCGAUUGGCAGAACUAUCUUAGGACACAGGCUGGUAAUACGACGACGGUGAAUGUGGUCAUUUGCACCGUCGAUUACCUACUGCGAUUGCAGGAAUCGAUCAUGGACUUUUACUGGCAUUACUCGAGCAAGGAACUCAUCGACCCUGCCGGCAAAGCAAAUUUUUUCAAAGCUAUUGGAGUUGCUAGUCAAGUUUUUAAUACUCUCACUGAGGUUAUUCAAGGUCCAUGCGCACAGAAUCAACAAGCUUUAGCGCAUUCAAGAUUGUGGGACGCAGUCGGAGGUUUUCUUUUUUUAUUUUCGCAUAUGCAAGACAAACUAUCGAAGCACUCCAGUCAGGUGGAUCUUCUGAAAGAAUUGCUUAACUUGCAAAAAGACAUGAUUACCAUGAUGCUUUCCAUGCUUGAAGGUAAUGUUGUGAACGGGACAAUUGGAAAACAGAUGGUAGACACUUUGGUCGAAUCGGCUAGUAAUGUAGAACUGAUUUUAAAGUACUUUGACAUGUUCUUGAAACUAAAGGAUCUUGUAUCAUCGCCGAGUUUCUUAGAAGUCGAUCUUAACAAUGACGGUUGGGUGUACCCUAAGGAUUUCAAAGAGAAGAUGGAACAACAGAAGAGUUAUACCAGCGAGGAAAUUGAAUUUCUCCUGGCCUGUUGCGAGACGAAUCACGACGGCAAGAUCGAUUAUGUUACUUUCAUGGAUCGUUUCCAUGAGCCGUCGAAGGAAAUCGGUUUCAAUCUGGCUGUAUUACUCACCAAUUUGUCCGAACACAUGCCUAACGAACCGAGACUAGCCAGGUUCCUUGAGACAGCUGGCUCUGUUCUAAAUUACUUCGAGCCAUUCUUAGGCAGAAUCGAGAUCCUCGGUGGUAACAAGAAAAUUGAGCGUGUGUACUUCGAGAUCAAAGAGUCGAACAUCGAACAGUGGGAGAAGCCGCAAAUUAAGGAAUCGAAAAAGACCUACUUCUAUAACACGGUAGUUGAGGCUGGUGAGAAAGAGAAACUCGAAACCUUCAUCAACUUUUGCGAAGAUGCUAUUUUUGAAAUGCAACACGCGAGUGCGUUGAUGACCGUAGAGGAAAGCGGCGGAAUCGGCAAAGCGAGGGAAUCGUCGUACACGUAUAUGACCGAGGAUGAUGAAGAAAGAAAUAAAGAUCCAAUCAGGCGUGGUAUACAAGCCAUCAAAGAUGGUGUUUACUUCUUCUUUUAUAUGUUCUCGCCUACCAAUAUUAAGAACAAGAUUGCUGAAAUGCAACAGAUGACGAUACCCGAGCUUUUCAUUGGUUUCUUCAAGAUGAUUUUCUACGCCUUCUAUUAUUCUGGUUUCGGUGUUGGCUGUGUGAUCAAGUAUUUCAUGAGACUUCUAUUGACAUUAAUGAGAGGACCGCAUGUGGAGGAGCCUGUUGUAAUCAAGGAGGAGGAAGAGAAACCAUCGAGACAUUUACCUGCUUUACCACCGACGCCGGAUGAAUCGAAUUUACAAGUGCAAGCCUUUGGAAUGGAUAUAACGAAAGAAGAAGGAGGGCAAAUAAAAUUAGCGCCGCACGAAUCGACUACUUCUACACCGCAAUCCAGUAUCGAAGAAACAGGUGAGAGUACACCCGAAGAGGGUACUGGCGAGGAUGGAGCGAGAGCUGAAGGAGGAGAAAGCGAGCCGCCUGUUACUUUAGCUGAUUUACUUGGCGGAGAACAAGCCAGAGCGCAAGCUGCCGCAGCGGCAGAAGCAGCGGCGGCGCAACAAGCAGCCAUGGCAGCAGUUGAAGCCGAAGCAAAGCAAGAAAUUUCAGUCGAACCUUCCACAGGAUCGAGUAUCGAUCUGUCCGAAUACAGUCAUCGUAUAGUAUCCUUUUUGGCCAGGAAUUUCUACAAUCUGAAAUACGUCGCGCUAGUUCUCGCCUUUUGUAUCAACUUUAUGCUACUAUUCUAUAAGGUUUCAUCUUUGGCUGAUGACUCGGACGAAGAAGGUAGUGGACAAAUAGCGGAUUUGUUAACGGAAAUAUCAGGCGAGGGGACAUCGGGUUUGGCAGGUAGUGGCAUGGAAAUAGGCAGCGGUAGUGGUGAAAACGGUUCAGAAGAGGAAGACGAAGAGGUUCAGGAAUUUGUAGAAGUGUCUGAGGAUUAUUAUUAUAUGGCUCACGUCAUGAGAUUACUGGCUGCUCUUCAUUCAAUCGUUUCACUCGCUAUGCUCGUCGCAUAUUAUCAUUUAAAGGUACCAUUGGCUAUAUUUAAACGAGAGAAGGAAAUUGCACGACGAGUAGAAUUCGAUGGAUUAUACAUAGCCGAAACACCAGAAGAAGAUGACAUUAAAGCGCACUGGGAUAAAAUGGUAAUAUCAGCGAAGACUUUCCCCGUUAAUUAUUGGGACAAAUUUGUAAAGAAGAAAGUCCGACAAAAAUACAGCGAGACGUAUGAUUUCGAUUACAUCAGCAAUUUGCUCGGAAUGGAAAAGACUUCUUUCAGCCAGCAGGAAGAAGAAGGAUCUGGCUUAAUACAUUUCAUUGUAAAUAUCGACUGGAGAUAUCAAAUAUGGAAGGCCGGAGUCACGAUCACCGAUAACGCUUUUUUGUACAGUUUGUGGUACUUUACAUUUUCAAUCCUCGGCAACUACAACAAUUUCUUCUUCGCCGCUCAUUUGUUAGACGUCGCGGUCGGUUUCAAAACUUUACGAACAAUCUUACAAUCGGUAACACAUAACGGCAAGCAGUUGGUCUUAACAGUGAUGCUAUUGACGAUCGUAGUAUACAUUUACACUGUGAUAGCCUUCAAUUUCUUUAGAAAGUUCUAUAUACAGGAGGAAGACGAUGAAACAGACAAGAAAUGUCAUCAUAUGCUAACAUGUUUCGUUUUCCAUUUGUACAAAGGCGUAAGAGCCGGCGGUGGAAUAGGCGAUGAAAUUGGUGAACCUGAUGGAGACGAUUACGAGGUUUAUCGUAUAAUGUUCGACAUUACGUUCUUCUUCUUCGUGAUCGUUAUUCUGUUGGCUAUCAUUCAGGGUUUGAUCAUCGAUGCGUUCGGCGAACUUCGAGACCAACUCGAUAAUGUAAAGACAAAUAUGGAGAGUAACUGCUUCAUUUGCGGUUUAGGAAAGGAAUAUUUCGACGCAGUACCGCAUGGGUUUGAUACUCAUGUGCAACAAGAGCAUAAUUUAGCAAAUUACAUGUUCUUCCUUAUGCACUUGAUUAACAAACCAGACACCGAAUACACUGGUCAGGAGACUUACGUGUGGAAUAUGUAUCAACAAAGGUGUUGGGACUUCUUCCCGGUGGGCGACUGCUUCCGCAAGCAGAACGAGACAGUAGAAGAAGAGGCCAAGAAAAAAUAAAAUUAAUCCUGACUCUAAUUAAGGUGACCAAUAGAAACGAUCGAUCUUACUUGAUGAAGAGGAACUCUCCUCAUCGAACAGUGUCUUCGAUAAUUUAGCAUAAAUUUUUGCUCAUCGAGAGUGCGUGAUUAGCACUCAUUUAAAAUCAAAUUUCGAAAGUUCUACAUCUUACCUCAUAACAACAAAGAAAGAAUGUUUAUCUUGUAAACUAUGCCUCCGUUUUCCACUUGAUAAUUUAUUCCGGCUAACUAAUAGACUUUCUGACGUGUGAAUGUAAUGCAUUAAUUGCGUACUGCGUGUAAUGAGGAUUAUAGAGAAAUUCGUGUCUGAUACCGCAUCGGGGGAAUUAAAUUGAACAUAUUUUUCCAACUUUGUAAAAAAUGACAUAAACUGUAUCAUUAAAACCAGCAAUUUUCUCUUUUAGAUUAUAUUUCUAAUACUAGAUAGCAAAAUCAUUGACAAAAGCUCGAUUUCCUUCGAUCGGCGGUACGUUAUUGUUAAAUCGUUGGAAACGGCGGAACUGACUGCACAAAUUUACAUAUUCAUAGUUACAAUAUUGCCUUCUUUUCAUACGUCGGAUGAUCUAUACUGUAUAAUUUUAUGCUAUAUCGCAUAAAAUACGAAAAGCGAUAACAAGUUUGAGAUAUAUAAUGAUAGAAUAAGUAAUUAAAUUAAAGAUGUUUAAAGUUUAUGUAAUGUGCAAAUCUUUUUCUGACUUAUGUGAAAGUGGGAACUUUUUGGACAUUAUAUAUGACUGGGCUCACGAUAUAUCUGAGAAUGUCAAUAUAUUGUAAAUAAAAUUCUACAGCAGGACUAUCUGGUAAUAAAU